GCCACCGGCGGCUUUUGUCCGUGGAACGAGCAAGAUCGUCUUACGAAGCACACGACACAACAAUCGCAAGUACAACCCAACUCGACAGUGACAAAAUCCCAACUGUUCUUAGAAACUCUCUCUGUCUCUCUCUCUCUCUGCGCUUAUUUCUUCCCUGAGAGUAGCUCUCUUCCACAGUUGCAAACUUCAAUCCGCAAAAAACCCCACUUAAUUGUCAAACCCAAUAAUCUCUUUACAAAUGGAGAAAAAACCCAAUUAUUCAUAUCCAAUACCCGACUCUGUCACAGAUCUCAAUUCUUAGCUUGCGAUCUAUUACAGAUGCCCCAGCACUCACACCCAAAACCGUAACUUUUUUACAUUUCCUUUAUUAAACUUCACCAGGAAGGCGAAUUUACGGAAAACAUUUUCUGGGGCAACAAAAGGAGUGGCUGAUUGAGAAUGAGGCGGAGGCCGAUUGAUUUUCGGAGGCCUGUGAGGAGGCCAGUUUCAAAUGUACUGUGGUGGGUAUUGUGCGGAAUAGCGGUUUUGCUUUUCAUUCUUGUUCUGAGCAGAGGAAGCCAGAUUGAUUCGAGACCGGCGAUACUCAAGAGACCAUACAGGCAUGAUAGAAUCAUGGAAAGCCUUAACAUUACUGAAGAAUUGUUGAGUCCUGUUUCGGUCACCAGGCAACUCAGUGAUCUAGUUUCUCUUGCAAAAGCUUUUGUUGUAAUUGCAAAAGAAAGCAACAAUCAUCAAUUUGCUUGGGAAUUAAGUGCUCAGAUUCGCAUUUCACAGAUCCUCCUCUCAGAUGCUGCAAUAAGGCGAACACCUCUGACAAUUAGAGAGUCAGAAACUGCAAUUCGUGAUAUGACACUCUUACUCUACCAAGGUCAGCAACUCCAUUAUGACAGUGCAACCAUGAUCAUGAGACUGAAAGCCAAAAUCCAAACUCUUGACGAACAAAGGAGUUCUGUGAGUGAAAAGAGUUCAAAAUAUGGACAAAUAGCUGCUGAAGAAGUCCCAAAAAGUUUAUAUUGCCUUGGUGUGCGCUUAACAACUGAAUGGUUCAGAAACUCAAACUUACAGAGGAAGCUUAUGGAAAGAAAUCAAAUAGACAUGAAACUUAAGGAUAACAAUCUCUAUCAUUUUUGCGUCUUCUCUGACAACAUCCUGGCAACCUCAGUCGUGGUCAAUUCAACUGCCUUGAGUUCUGAAAAUCCAAAUAUGGUCGUCUUCCAUCUUGUAACAGAUCAAAUCAAUUACGCUGCAAUGAAGGCUUGGUUUUCCAUGAAUGAUUUUCAAGGAGUGACAGUUGAGGUUCAAAAGUUUGAAGACUUCAGUUGGCUAAAUGCUUCUUAUGUUCCUGUUCUUAAGCAACUCCAAGACUCUGAAACUCAGAGCUAUUAUUUCUCUGGCAAUAGUGAUGAUGGCAGGACUCCGAUCAAGUUUCGAAACCCAAAGUAUUUAUCCAUGCUUAACCACCUCAGAUUCUAUAUCCCUGAAGUCUUUCCUGCACUGAACAAGGUGUUAUUUCUUGAUGAUGAUGUCGUGGUUCAAAAGGAUCUAUCUGCUAUUUUUUCCAUUGAUUUGAAUGGCAAUGUCAAUGGGGCUGUUGAGACAUGCAUGGAGACAUUUCAUAGAUACCAUAAGUACUUGAAUUACUCUCACCCUCUCAUUAGAUCACACUUCGAUCCUGAUGCAUGUGGAUGGGCUUUUGGGAUGAAUGUUUUCGAUCUGGUUGAGUGGAGGAAAAGGAAUGUAACUGGCAUCUACCACCACUGGCAGGAAAUGAAUGUUGACCGGACAUUGUGGAAACUCGGUACACUUCCGCCUGGACUGUUAACAUUCUAUGGAUUAACGGAGCCUUUGGACCCCUCAUGGCAUGUUUUGGGUUUGGGCUACACAAACGUUGAUCCCCAGGUGAUAUUGAAGGGUGCUGUGCUGCACUUCAAUGGAAACUCAAAACCAUGGUUGAAGAUUGGGAUCGAAAAAUACAAGCCCCUUUGGGAGAAAUAUGUUGAUUAUUCACAUUAUCUAUUGCAACAGUGCAAUUUCCAUUGAUUUGUAUUCUGUCUUUCCCCACCCCUAUUUUUUUUUUUCAAAGGAGGAUGAAGGCCUUCCUUUGAAGUUGUCACUAGAUCGAAACAAUAUAAUAUAUAUGAAACCUUAGCUUCGCCGACUUCUUGAGGUAUAAUCUUCAACAUGACAUUAGUGGCUUAGGACUUGCUUGUACAAUGUUACUAUAUAAAGAAGAUUUGUGUCGAUGAUUUAUAGUAGAA